CACUCGACCAUCUUGUCUAUAUAAUAGAACAUCUUUGGUGACCGGUCGAAACAAGGAAGUGAAAUUCUUGCUUUAAAACAUCUUACAAAGUGAAGAAUCCUCAUGUUUUAAACUUAGUUAACGGACUAGACAAUGCUUUUCCAUUCGUUAAAGUUAACAAAUUGACAGCUUUAACGUGAACGAAAACCUUUUUAUCUUAUUUUGAAAUGAUUUAUGAGUUGAUCAGUUCGAUGACUAUAUUAGGGCGGUCGAAAUGUAUUCGUUGUGCAUUAGUCAUUACAAUUCUCUCCAUUAUUAUAGCCACUGGACAAAGUCUUGAGCUCCUCGGGAUGAUGCGUCCUUUGCCCAGUGUGCUUGGAGUCCUGUCUCUGGGUGGAAUGGCGCUGCUUUGGAGGGACCUAAGCUCGAAAGUGAAAGGAGAGAACCGGACUUUGAGCAGUCUGCUAAGCCAGUAUUUUGCCGUGAAGGUUGUGGGUUGGCUGGGUAAGCGGCAAAGAGGGAAACUGGAAGCCGAUACGCUGAAUAUACGGCAAGUUCAAGAGGAAACUCUUCUAAAGCGCCUGCGCAAGAACGCUGACACAUGUUAUGGAAAGCAGUAUGAUUUUAGCUCAAUCAAAGACUGUGAGGCCUUUCGUACACGUCACCCGGUGACGACGUAUGAGCACUAUCGUGAGCUGGUGACGCGAGUGGCGGCUGGAGAAGAGAAGGUCCUCAUAGCUGAGAAACCCCUUAUCUUAGCCAUGACAUCGGGUACAUCUGGGGCCAGCGCCAUGCUGCUGAGCACCAAAGACACCAACACAGAGUUCUUCCUACAGGGCGUGGCUGUGUGUCUGGAUGCCAUGCGGCGUGCGUUCCCGGCCAGCGACAGCCUCCAGCGCACCACCAAGCUCUUCUACUCGCCCACCUUUCGCCAGUCUGAGGCAGGCAUCCCCAUUGGGCCUAACUCCUCCACCCCGGCUUCGUCCCGCCACAUGCUCAACCUAUACACCACACCCGCACCGGCCUUCCAGGUGCCCAGUGAGAGAGACACCCUCUACCUGCACCUCCUCUUUGCCCUCAAAGACCCCAGCGUGGGCACCCUGGAGUCCAACUUCGCCUCCACUGUCUUUUAUGCCUUCAGUGCCCUCCAGGAGCGUUGGCAGGAGCUGGUGGAGGACAUCAAGCUGGGUCGAGUCAGCCCUGCUCUGACCCUGGAGCCAGGGGUGAGGGCCAGCCUGGAGGGCCAGAUGAAGCCAGACCCGGAGCGCGCCACCCAGCUCCGGACCCACUUCCAGCAGGGCUUUGUGGGCAUCGUGCGGCGCCUCUGGCCCCAGCUCAACCUGGUGCUGGCUGUGGACUCUGGAUCUAAUCAGAUCUAUGGGGAGAUGCUGCGGGAGCGCUACUGCCAGGGGAUUCCCUUCUACUCACCCUUCUACGCUGCCACCGAGGGUCUGAUUGGGGUGAACCUGUGGCCUGAGGAGGAGCGGAGAAGGUACUUGCUGUGUCCUCGCUCCAUGUUCUGUGAGUUCCUCCCAGAGGCCAGUUUGGACCAGGAGACGCCUGAGAAACACACACUUCUCAUGGAGGAAGUGCAGGAGGGACACAGCUAUGAGCUGGUCGUCACCAACGCAUCUGGACUCUUCAGAUAUCGUAUGGGAGAUAUAGUAAAAGUGGUUGGCUUCCACAAUCAGUGUCCAGUUGUCGAAUUUCAAUACAGGCGGGGUCAGAUGCUGAGCGUGCGGGGGGAGAAGGUGUCUGAGGUGAUGUUUCUGGGGGCUCUGAAGCGAGCCAUCAGCCAGUGGCCCGGGGCUCAGCUAGUUGACUACUGCUGCGCAGAGAGCGCCAUAAUGGGAGAGUCUUGUGGAGGUUCUGAUCCUCACUAUCAAGUGUUUGUGGAGCUAAAGGGGGUGAGGAACCUGACAGAGGAGCAACGCUACAAGUUGGACCAGUGUGUCCAGGAGGACUCGGCUGUCUACAAGUCGUUCCGGUUCAAAGGCAGCAUCGGACCAAUGAGAGUGCAGAUGGUGGCAGAGGGUGCAUUCAAGGAACUGCGUAAACAAAUGAUGGCCUUCUCCAACACCUCGCCCAACACGUUCAAAAUGCACCGCGUACUACGCAGAAAGGAGUAUGCUGACUUCUUGUUAGGGAAGACCAUCUGAACUGCAUUAUGGGAGGUGAACUCGACCGGAAAGGGGAGAUGUGUGGGUUGUGCACUGCAACCGUGGAGAGGAAUAUUAUUCUCUAUGAAAGUGAAUGUAAUUUGUUGACAGUCAUUUUAGGAGACAGGCAAUCUGUGAAAAUGACAAAUGACAACUAUUGUUUGGUAACCCACUGAACAGCUACAGCGACAAGGGUAAUUAAAAUCAUAUGAGGACUUCUGCUUUUUUAUAAUGGACAUCUAUGUGUUAGAAACGAAGUUCAACUGGUUGUCUUGUCAACAUUCUCUACCCCUGACAUGGUGGAAAUCAGUAUCUUUCCCUCCAGAUUUAGACAAAAAAUCACUCAAGUCUUUUGACAAUAAUGGAACAACUGAUUGUAAAUCCACAGGCAUCUAAUGCCCACUCCUUCAGUGAAGACGAUUUUCUUACUCUUUUGGACAGUUAAACCUGUGCUGGAUAAGCUUUACACACAAUGUUUAUGGACAUUAUAAUAUGUUACAUUUUGUUUGCCCCUAUCUUGUCCAACUUCAUGGACUGACUUCGCCCUUUGAACCUUGACAUUUACAGACAAUUCAGUCUUGUACAACAAUGAUUUUUAUUUGCAAAUAAGUGGUAAUAGUGUAUUCUGUUCUUACUCUGUCUUCCACCUCCACAACGAGGGCAAAGAGUAGUGAGAGUGGCGCUGCCCCUUGGCCAUCUUGCUAGAGGCCAGGGGUGUUUCAAUUCCUGAAGGGCUGUUUGUCUGCUGGUUUUUGGUAAUUUCCUUUUAAUUUGUGUUCAAUUAAGACCUAGACAUAGGAACUCCCCUCUAACUAAUCAAUUACCUUAAUUGACCAAUCUAGCAGCAGGAAAAGUGAAAACCCGCAGACACUCAACGCUCCAGGACUGGGGUUUGACAUAUGCUCCAGACCAGGGCCCGGUUUCCCGAAAGCAUCUUAAGGCUCACUUCAGCAUUGGAACCUUCGUAGGAGCAUUGUUUAAUCUCCAAACUGUUUACCAAAACCAUCGUUCGUAAAGUUGCACUUGAAAACGCUGGUUAUUUGCCGACUGCUUCAGACCACUGGUGGAACAGCUCAACCUGGUCUAGUAGCAUUUCGCAUCAUUCUUUACAUAAAUCAGAGACACUCCACUUAGUAUGGUAUGAUAUGUAUUCAUUUGUGGAUGUCCAUCACCCAUUUUGUAUGAUGUUACAAAUUACAAUUUGCUAAAUGUACAAUAUGUUAAGAAUUUGCUGAACUUAUGAUAUGUUAUGAGUUCUAGCUAGCUGGCUAACGUCAGCUAGGCUAGGGGUUAGGGUUAAGGUUAGGCGAAGGGUUAGCUAAAAGGAUUAGGUUUAGAGGAGUGGUUAGCUAAAAGGUUUAGAGGAGGGGUUAGCUAAAAGGAUUAGGUUUAGAGGAGGGGUUAGCUAAAAGGAUUAGGUUUAGAGGAGGGGUUAGCUAAAAGGAUUAGGUUUAGAGGAGGGGUUAGCUAAAAGGAUUAGGUUUAGAGGAGGGGUUAGCUAAAAGGAUUAGGUUUAGAGGAGGGGUUAGCUAACAUGCUAAGUAGUUGCAAAGUAGCUAAUAAGUAGUAAGUAGAUGAAAGUUGCUAAAAUGCUGAAGUCGUCUGUGAUUCGAAACCUUUGGGUUGCUAGACGUUUGCAUUAUACCACCCUACUUCUGUUUUUUUUUUCUUCAAGUAACCACCUGGCUUAUGUAACAAAAUAAAACGGAUUUAAUUUUA